UUGUCUUUAAAAAAAAAAAAAAAAAAAAGGUUCCUCGUCUGGUCCUCGGAGACCUUUUUUUUUCUUCUUCUUCUUCUUGGAGGAAAAGGACCGUCAGGACGAAGAUAUAUAACCGCUCGUUUGCUCGUUUGGAAGUUUAACAUUUCACACUUGUAUUAGACGAGCUAACGGACUAAAGGGGCGUCGACUGGCCGGUUACCGAGCAGCAGCAGCAGCAGCAUCCGUUCAUCCGUUCAUCGGAAGCUAACCGACCGUUGGCCAAAGAGAAGAGGCUCCUCAAAAAUGUCUGGUUACCAAGGAAAGAAGAAUAUCCCACGAAUUACAAGCGACCGUCUCCUCAUCAAAGGAGCCAAGAUAGUGAAUGAUGAUCAGUCAUUCUUGGCUGAUAUUUACAUGGAGGAUGGGGUCAUCAAGCAAAUAGGAGACAACCUCAUUGUUCCCGGGGGAGUUAAGAUCAUAGAAGCUCACGGGAGAAUGGUGAUGCCUGGGGGUAUCGACGUGCACACCCGUUUCCAGAUGCCCGACCGAGGCAUGGUGGCAGCGGAUGACUUUUACCAGGGCACCAGGGCGGCCCUGGCAGGGGGGACGACUAUGAUCAUCGACCACGUGGUGCCGGAGCCUGGCGCCAGCUUGGUUGCAGCUUUCAAACAGUGGAGGGAGUGGGCUGAUAGCAAGUCGUGCUGCGACUAUUCUCUGCAUGUGGACAUCACCGACUGGAACAAAGGCACCCAAGAAGAGAUGGAGGCCCUCGUGAAGGAUCAUGGUGUCAACUCUUUCCUGGUCUAUUUGGCCUAUAAGGAUGUUUUCCAACUUUCUGACUCUCAGAUCUAUGAGGUGUUCAGUGUCAUCAGAGACCUUGGAGCCAUUGCACAGGUGCAUGCUGAGAAUGGAGACAUCAUCGCAGAGGAGCAGAGACGUAUUCUCGAGCUGGGGAUCACUGGCCCUGAAGGUCACGUGCUGAGCCGCCCAGAGGAGGUGGAGGCCGAGGCUGUUAAUCGCUCUGUCACCAUAGCCAAUCAGACCAACUGUCCCCUCUACAUCACCAAGGUGAUGAGCAAGAGCGCUGCUGAUGUCAUUGCCCUCGCCAGGAAAAGGGGUGCUGUGGUUUACGGAGAGCCCAUAUCAGCCAGCUUGGGCACAGACGGCACCCAUUACUGGAGCAAGAACUGGGCCAAGGCUGCAGCCUUUGUCACUUCUCCACCACUCAGUCCUGAUCCCACCACCCCCGACUACCUCAACUCUCUGCUGUCAUGCGGGGACUUGCAGGUGACUGGUAGUGCUCACUGCACUUUCCAGACUUCUCAGCGUGCCAUAGGCAAAGAUAACUUCACCCUAAUCCCAGAGGGUACCAACGGCACAGAGGAGAGGAUGUCUAUAAUCUGGGACAAAUGUGUGGUGACCGGCAAGAUGGACGAGAACCAGUUUGUGGCGGUGACCAGCACAAACGCAGCCAAGACCUUCAACCUGUUCCCCCGCAAGGGCCGCAUCGCCGUGGGUUCUGAUGCCGACCUCGUGUUGUGGGACCCAGAUAUCACCAAGAUCAUCUCAGCCAAGAGCCACAACGCGGCUGUGGAGUACAACAUCUUUGAGGGCACAGAAGUGCGUGGAGGUCCUGUGGUCGUGAUCAGCCAGGGCAAGAUCGUCUUGGAGGAGGGCAGCCUUCACACCAUGGAGGGCUGCGGGCGCUACAUCAGCCGCAAACCCUUCUCUGACCAUGUGUACAAGAGGAUAAAGGCUCGCAGCAGGCUCACAGACUUGCGAGGAGUCCCCAGGGGCCAGUACGAUGGGCCGGUGUGUGAGGUGACCGUGACUCCUAAGGUGAUGUCCACAGUGUCAUCAGUGAAGACUUCCCCUGCCAAGCAGCAGCAGCAGCAACAACAGCAGCUUACUCAGCAGCCGGUGCGCAACCUUCACCAGUCUGGCUUCAGUCUGUCUGGUGCCCAAAUCGAUGACAAUGUCCCUCGCCGCAACACUCAACGUAUCGUGGCUCCCCCUGGUGGAAAAGCAAACAUCACCAGCCUCGGCUAAGCUCCUUUCUCCACCGAGCAUGAAGGGGUGGUGGGGGUGCAGGCCAGCACGGGACCAGAGGGCCACUCUUUACCACCGUCACGUCACUUCACAUCACAUCUGGUCACCUCUGUCUGACUCUCCCACUGCAUCGUCCCCACCGUCCAAAAAAGCACCCCAUCCAUUCUCAUUCACACGCCGUCACUUCAUGCAACAAAAAAAUAAUAAAUGUUUCGUGUUUCCUGCCAAAUUUCACCGUCGAGGAAGGAUCAAGUGAAGAGUGACGAGUUUUUAAAUUCAUUUGUUUACAUUUUUUUUGUAUAUUUUCUCUGUAUAUGUUUGAGCUGUAUUUAGUCGUCCUCUCGCCUUUUUUAGAAACUUCAGGUGUUUAUAUAUUUUGUUCUUGAUCACGCGCUGUUCCCAGAUCAGAAUGUGCUGCUGUCACAGAGCCACCUUCGGUUGAACGUAAGAUUGCUGCUUUUAGUACAAACAUGUUGUAACAUCUCUGCCGCGCAGAAAACUCUAAACACAAAAAAGAUUUGACUGUUUCUGCGUCGCGUAACAGCUGAUUUGAUUUCUGUGUGCGGCUGAACACUUCACAUGGUCUUCCUUUUGUGUUAGAGUUGCACCUUUUUUGUUUUUUUAUGUCGUUUUGGAAAGCGUUAACUGCACUGAAAGGAAAAGAAAGGGUAUUUAAGGCUCUAACCACUCACUCAACUUCACCCUGAAUACAUGAGUGGGGGAGAAUUUGCUGGCACGUUCCAUUUUUGUCUGAGAAACACAAACCUUUUCCCUCAUUCCUUCAUUUUAUUUUCAUCUUUGUUACGAGGUUGUCAGGUCAGCAAGCUUCUAAUAAUCAGACCGGUGUAUAUUGUUCAGGAUACAGACAGAUGCUAGAUUUAGCCGGAGAUUUGCCGACAACCUCUCUGCACCUGGUGCUAUAUGACCUUUGCUGUAUAUGUGCAGAUGAUGUCCACCUCCACACAGCUGUCACGUUAGCUCAGCCCCCGACUCGAGUCACCAUUUAUCCAGUUUCGAAAGAGUUUGUUUUGCACUCGUAACAAUCCAAAAGGUAUCGAAAAUGUAUGUGAGCUUGCAACUUUUUCUUUGUAUUGGAAACGUCUGUAUGUUUUAGGAUAUUUGUUGACUUGAACUACUUGCCUGCCUGUUCUGUAAGAUAUUGAUAGCACACUGUAUCUAUGAAGGCUCUUUAAAGAAGGUGAACCGUGAUCUUUGAGACCUGAUGAAAAAUGCUUCAGUAUGUAUACGAAACCCCCCCCUCACAGCGUGCUGAUGAUGUGUCCACUGUUCUUGGUGUUAGUGUUGUGAAUGAAUUACCAGAUAUCCAGUAUUUCUUCUCUUACACCUUCUUCCUGCCCAACCCUGUCAACACCAGAUACGGCCGUACGUUUCCGGCCGUACUGUAAAAAAAAAAAAUCAAACACUGGAUUAUUUCUUCCUCAUUGCCUUGUCAAGUGUAGGUUUUGUAUGCCAAGCUAUAAUGUGAAGUGAUUUACAUUCGGGGGCGUUUCUUGGUAAUGGUUAUUGAGUUGUGAUGUUGAGCACUGUUGUUGCCCCUCUCCCAGCAAGUGUGAUACUCUCUCGGUCAUGUAUGUUUUGUAGGACACCAGGGUUUUUCGGGGAGGGUAAUCAUCAGUCCUGUCAGCAUUUGACCCUAUCUGUGUUGACUUCAGUGGAUUAAAAUAAUACAAAAUGAA